AACAUAUGAAAGGCACAGAAGGCUUUGCCUUCCACCACCAAUGUAAUUGCAUGAUGGGACUGAAGGAGGAUCCAGCUGGACUGAGAAAGACCAGUUUUUCUGUGACACAGAGUCCAGUUGUUGGAACGAUCCCAGCAACCCCUGGCACAGGUGCAAAUGUGUUCAGUCCUGCAAGUCUUGCACAGCCCAGGAAGACCACAAUGUCUCCAGCCCAGCUAGACCCCUUCUAUACUCAGGGAGAUGCCUUAACAUCAGAAGAUCAUCUUGAUGACACCUGGGUAACAGUGUUUGGGUUUCCUCAAGCAUCAGCUUCAUAUAUCCUGCUACAGUUUGCACAGUAUGGAAACAUAUUAAAGCAUGUGAUGUCUAACACUGGGAACUGGAUGCACAUUCGCUACCAGUCAAAACUACAGGCCCGGAAAGCGUUGAGUAAAGAUGGAAGGAUUUUUGGUGAAUCCAUUAUGAUUGGUGUGAAACCCUGUAUAGAUAAAAGUGUGAUGGAAAGCACAGAUAGAGGCUCUGCAUCAUCCCCAACAUCGGUCUUCACACCACCAGUGAAAACACCAGGUACACCAGUGCAGCCUUCAAGUACACAGAAGAUCUCCACUAUGAGACCCCUGGCGACAGCAUAUAAAGCUUCAACUAGUGACUACCAGGUGGUUUCUGACAGGCAGACUCCAAGGAAAGAUGAAAGCAUUGUGUCCAAAGCUCUGGAGUACAUGUUUGGCUGGUAGUCAAAAGUGAAGGAGCUGGGCUAGACUUUAUACCAAUGUGCCAGUGUCUAUGGUUAGUUGUAUAACCAUUCAUGGUAGCAUCUUGAACAUCAGCUCUGCCUUCUAAAAAGUAUUUGGCACACAUGUAAUUUGCACUUUAACCAGCAUCUGGAUAUAUGUGUGACUCCGAGAUGUUGUUGAACAGUUGCAGUCAUUGUCUUAUCUUCUGUAGCGAUGGCAUAAUUCAAGUAAAAAUUAAUUUGUGUGCGACACAUGACUCUUAAUUUCAGGACAUGUAACACUGUUCAUGGCUUUUCAAUAGCUUGAUUCUCUUUCUAUGUCUGGAAGGAUGGCAUUGUUUGCUGCAGGAUAAACUCCGUGUAGAUUGUUGUAUGAAAAGAAACUUGUUGCCAAUUUUAAAACAUUUUUUUAAAAGUGAGUUCUUUUACAUUGUAAUCAAUGUUUAUAAAAAUGUUGGACAGAAUGAUUCUAAAUCUGCAGCUGUCCUAACUUUUUGUAUCUUUCUUAAUAAAAGUGAUGGUGUUGUA